GAUCCCUCCGCGGGGCGCAGCGUUGCCCAGCCUGCUUCUUUCCCCGCGGUGCGGGGGUCGGGGGCUGGGGGGGGAAUGAUCGUCCGCCCGGGAUCCGUGGUGGACCCGGACUGGCACUGCACCGAGGAAGGCAGAGCUUACUCGGGCGCGCUCUUGCGCCGGGCGCAGCGCCGAUCCUUCGGGCUGAUCGAGAGGCCCGUGCUGGCUCCGCAGGCGGCUGCCGACGUAGCCGGUUACAAGGUCUUCGUCUCGGGCAAGAGCGGCGUGGGGAAAACCGCUCUGGUGGCCAAGCUGGCCGGUCUGGAGGUGCCCCUGGGGCAUCACGAGACCACAGGGAUCCAGACCAGCCUCGUCUACUGGCCAGCAAAACUGCGGGAGAGUGCCAAGGUGCUCUUCUUCAGGUUCUCCUUCUGGGACUGUGGCGAAGCCGUGCUGAGGAAGUUUGACCACAUUUUACCCGCCUGCAGAGAGAAAGCGGACGCCGUCCUCUUCUUGUUCUCCUUCACGGAUCGCGCGUCCUUUCUCGACCUCCCUCACCAAAUCUCCCGCGUGACAGACGGAAAAAGGGAUGUGGUCCAAAUGGUGGUGGGCACCAAGUUUGACCAGUUUGCCCACACGGAUGUGACGGAAUCGGACAUGGCGGCUUUCUCCCACACCUGGGGUUUGCCGAUCUUGCGGGCCAAAAGCGUUGGCGAGCAGCCCUCGGAUGGAUACGCUGGCCUAGCCGAGGUAGCCCAUCUCUUGAACAGCCUCGCCGAGCAUCUCUGGAGGCAGGACCAGGUGGCGGCCGGCUUAGUUCUCGGAGAGGCGAGCCCUGCCAUGGCUCCGUGAAAUCCUAAUUCUGCUGCAUAGGUUUCUUCCUUUCAAUAAAACGGAUGGUUCUUAAUAGCCUUUAAACCCCAAUCUUUGUAUCUGCUGGCAGGGAAGCCGCUUGGGCUGAAUUCUGGGUUCCCUCGGUGGUAAAAAAAAAAAUGCAUCAAGGAGGCAGGGGGGGACAGAAGGCAGCAUGGGAGGGCAGGCCUCCAUGGAUCCAAUUUGUGGGGUUCCGAAGAGUAUUUUUGCAGGUUCAUGCCAGAUUUAAGGCUCUGAUCUGUUUGGAAUUGGGUGGCUUCUCAGCCCUGAAUUCUCUCUGGCCAACAAAGUGACCUUGAUUAUGUGUCUGAAUGGUCAAACAGCUGGCAACUCCAAAUCUCAACCAACAAAUGCUCUGUCCUACACAAUGGUUAAAAAAAAAAUCAGUACACAAAAUCAGUGAAGAUGAAAUGAGAUAUAUAUUGGGAAGUCAUUCUUAGCGAUUUUAGGGGAGGAUACCUUAAAAUAUAUACGUUUUAAAAUAUACAGUGGAUUAUUUAAUGUUAAUAUGUCUAAAGUUGGGGAAUGAAUU